AUGGAUCAACCAAUAUUGAAUUUUGAAUCGGAAGAGGAGAGGAGGCAAUAUCAAAGAGCACAAAGAAGAGAGUAUCAGAGAGAAUAUCAAAGAGAAUAUAGGAGACGACAACGGGAACGUUUGACAGAUGAUCAAAGGGAAGAAGAAAGAAGAAGACAAAGUGAAGCUCGAAGACAAAGAAAUGCUAGACGAGCAGAAAAUGAAAGCUCAAGGUCAAUAGAACGAGUUGCAGAGACACCUCGACCUAGAAGUCAAUUUGAGAAUAAUUUGGGUGCAGAAGGUGAUGCACAAAAUAGACAAAAUACAAAUGGAAUGAUUCGAGCUGAUUUUCAAAGAUUUCAAAUGCAAUUUCGACACCAAUUAGAUCGCUUUAGAAUGCCAAGCAUGUGUUAUAUUUGUCAAGAGUGUUAUCUGGGAAUUAAAGUAAAUCGUAGCUCACAAGGUCCUAUAUGCACUAGAUGUAGACAAGAGAGAGGAAACAAUAGAUUUUCAGCUUCAAACAAUAUGGAUCCCGGGCCACAACCAGAAGAGCUUGCAAGUUUGACUCAAGUAGAAGAAAUGUUCAUUGCACGUGUCAACCCAAUAUUACAAGUUACACAUGCAACAGGUGGUCAAUACAAAUACAAAGGACACACAAUAAGUUUUCCACAAAAUGUGGAACAUAUUUCAAACAUUUUGCCACAUACAAUAGAUCAUUUGCCAAUCAUUAUUGUUCGAAUAAGGGACCAACGUGGCACAAAUUAUAACUUUACAGUGAAUAGGGAUCGUGUGUACAAAGCACUUAAAUACAAAAUUGAGCAUGAUAAAUAUUAUUCUAAUGUCAUAGUUAAUGAGAAUGCUCUCAAUGAUCUAUCUAGCAAUUUUGAUGAAAAUAUUUUCAAUAGAUUGAAGACAGUGCAUAUGGAAUUUGAUUCUGAUGCAAAUGAAAUCAUAUUUGUGGGUCCAAUCAUGGAAACAGAUGAAGGUAAUACAAUUGACCACACAAAUUCAAUGGCUUCUAAACUACCUAAUGCUCAAAAAGAAAUGGAAUUAAUACAUGCAUGGAUUAAUAAUCCUGAUACAAAUCAAACAACAUUGAUCGAUUGGCCAGCAAUUGGUACAUCUCCUAUCAAUGAGUAUGUCACAUUGGGAUUACUUGAUAUGGCAUUUCCAACAUUGUUUCCUGAUGGUAGAUGUGACUGGUUAGAGCCACGAAUGAGGCGAGUGCAUUUGCAUGAAUUUGUGAAACAUCUACUGCGGUUGAUGCGGUUUGGAACAUCAUUGAGGGGUACAAGGUCAUAUUGGGCCAAAUGUCGUGCAGAAUUAAUAGACAUGCUUCAUCAAAUAGGCUCCCCUACGAUAUUCUUCACAUUAAGUGCAGCAGAUAUGUAUUGGCCUGAUUUGCAUGCACUAAUGCCGGGAACAUCACCAACCACUCCACGAGAAGCUCAAAAUUGGAGAAAGCAGAAUGUUAUCAACUACCCCCAUAUAGUUGCACAUUACAUGCACUUAAGACAUUCAAUAUUUAGAAAAGAAAUCCUAGAAAAAGGAAUGAAUGUUGAAGAUUUUUGGUCUAGGUAUGAGUGGCAACAUAGGGGGUCACCACAUGUGCAUGGAUUCAUAUGGAUGAAUGGAGCACCCAAUAUGGACAAUAUUGACUGGUCAAAUGAAGAGCAACGAAAACAUGAAGAAAAAUACUUUCAUUCCAUUGUUCAUGCAUGGAAUCCUAGAGAAGAUCCACAUCAACGAAAUAUACAGGCAUUUCAAAAUUUUCCUCUACAUCCAUGUCUAAAAAAUACAAGACAACUUGCAGAGAUAGAUAUUGAUAAGGACUAUGAAGAGAUCCUUAACUGUGUAGAACGACAUACAUUGUGUAGGGAGGGUGCAUGCCUGCGAAAAAAAAGAGGAAAGAUGGUUUGUAGGUAUAAUGCUCCUUGGCCUUUGAAUCUCAGUGGGUCCAAAUUAUAUGAAGAUAUAGAAACAGGUGAAAAAAAAUUUGAACCUACAAGAAAUGAUGAUAGGGUGAAUUCACAUAAUCGUCACAUAUUGCAAUUAUGGAGAGCAAAUAUAGAUUGGCAACCUGUUCUUUGCAAACAUGCAGUAGUCAAAUAUAUUGCCAAGUAUGCAGCAAAAGCAGAGAAAAGCUCUGAAACAUAUCACCAGAUGUUGAUGCGCCUCUCCAACAUGGAAGACCCUAAUGAUUUAGCUGCUCGAGCAUAUAGAAGGCUUCUAACUAAAACAAUUAUUGAAAAGGACAUUGGUGCUCAAGAAACAUGUCACAUGUUGUUAGAACUUCCACUAGUAGAGAGUAGCAGAAGAUUUGUUAAUCUAAAUGUCUCACGUGAGGUGUUCAAACCUGUAACUAUAAAUGAUGAAGAGAAUAAUGAAGAGCAGACAAAAUCUUUCAUUGAUGGAUAUAAAACAAGGCCUCUUUGUAUGGAAGAGUUAUUACUCUACAAACCAUUUCAUGACAUAGAAAGGGAUAUUGGUCAUGAUGAUGACUCUAUGAUAGCAAAUUGGGAGUCAUUUACCUACAAUCCUUGGCAUGUCGAACGAAUAACAAGUAUUGAAAAUGCAGAGGCUAAUACUGAUUCAGAAAUUGAAGAGAAUGAAGCUAUUCAGAGAAAUACCACAGAGCAUGAAUGGGAAAUUAUAUCUAGGCUACAUCAUGGUCAAAAUAUACAAUUUUCAGAAAUAGAUAUGUUGGGGAGAAGAGACAUUGAUAGACAUACAAAUUGGUCUACUGAUUAUCAAGGUGAAGAGUACACAACUACAACAAUCAGUUUCAUAACUAACAUGAAGGAUCAUGGAUGUCUUAUAUAUGAUGAUAUACCCCAAUGCAUCAACUACAUGACCCUCAGUGAUAAGCAAAAAAAGGCAGUUGAUAUAAUUAUGACACACUAUGAGAGGAGUCAAAAUAAAGUGCCAUUGUUCAUGAUAAUUCAGGGAACAGCAGGUACAGGAAAGUCAUAUUUAAUUGGUGUCAUCAGUCAAGCUCUUGAAAAUGCUGCAAUGCCAUCUCGUUCUCCCCUUCUAUUACUCGCACCAACAGGAGUUGCAGCAUUCAAUAUAGGGGCCUCUACAGUUCAUUCCAAAUUGAGAAUCCCAAUACGAGAUUUCACUCAACUACAGGGAACAAGACUUGCCAUUUUUCAAGAAGAAAUGGCGCAUAUCAAGUACAUUUUGAUUGAUGAAAUGAGCUUCAUUGGUCAAAACAUGUUGGAAAACAUAGAUUCUCGACUCCGACAAGCAUACCCACAAAGUGCACACCUAAGUUUUGCAGGUAUAUCUAUGAUUUUGGUAGGAGAUUUGGGUCAAUUGCCUCCGGUUAAUGAUAGACCUGCAUAUGCCAGUAAUAGACGGGCAAAGCUACUAUGGGAGGAAUUCAAAAUUGUGGUUACUUUAGAUAAAAUAUUCAGACAAGAUGGAGAAAAUAUUCAGCAACAAAGAUUUCAUCAACUUUUGACAAAUCUAAGAGAUGCAAACCCUCAAAUUGAUGAUUGGAAGCUACUAAUGAUGAGAACCCCUACUAACAUAGAUGUUGCAAGUAAUUCUGAAUUUGAAAAUACUGUCCAUUUGUUCUCCACAAAUGACAAUGUUCAUAGUCAUAAUAAAAAAAUGUUAUAUUCAUUGAGGCAUCCCGUUGCACGAAGUGUUGCAACAAAAGCAGGAAGUGUUGAUAUAGCAGAAGAUUUCUCAACUGGUGAACUUGAUCUAGAGUUAUUGAUCAGUAAGAAUUCAAGGGUCAUGCUAACUUCAAACCUUUGGAUACAAGCAGGUCUUGUAAAUGGAGCUUUGGGAUAUGUUCAAAAGAUUGUCUACAAGCCAGGAAGUGCUCCACCUGACCCACCGACAUAUGUGAUGGUUGAAUUUGAUAAUUACUCAGGAUUACCAUUUGAAGAUCAUCAUCCAAAUACAAUUCCAAUAACACCAAUACAAAAGGGCAGAACACUUCAGCUACCAUUGAGAUUGGCAUGGGCAUUGACUAUACAUAAAUCUCAAGGAUUGACUCUUCCAAAAGUAACUAUCGAUAUAGGACCAAGAGAACGAACUGGAUUGACAUUUGUUGCAGUAUCUCAUGUAAAAUCUCUAGAGGGUUUGACAAUAAUGCCACCAUUUACAUAUGAUCGUUAUGAGAAAAUGAAAAAGGGUAGACAACUUGCGAAGCGCAAGGCUGAGGAAAAUAGGCUCAAACUUUUGGAAGAUAAUUGA